UACGUAUGCCAAGAAUCUCGAGCUUAUGACCGAAGAAGAAAAAGCCGAGCAGUUGCGAAUCGAACAAGAAGAAGCAGCAAAGGCGAUCAAAAAACGAGUCAUUAAAGACGGGCAUAGCGAAAAAGAAGUCUGUGAACUCGAACCGCAUCAACAUGAGGUUGAGACGGGAAAAUCGGAGGUUAUCGUUGUCCCAACCUAUGUGCGACCAGUAACCGAAAAAGUGCCAGAGGAAUCAGCUAAUCGUUUUGCCGACAAGAAAGUCCCAACCGACCAUGCUUACAAGCAUGUUAUUCAGCCACCCAAGCUGGAAACAGCUGCUGUACAAAAGGUCGAAACAAAAGUUGCACCUGAGUGAGU